CCUCUCUUUGGAAAAGAAGCUGAUGGAAAAGUGGGAGAGCUCAGGGAAGAGCCACAGGAAUGGCUUGAGAUCACUCCUGAAAUGAGAGAAGUGUGGCCUGUUUAAUUUCACACAAAAAGAGAGGAAGGAGGUGAUCUGCUUUAUAAGAUAUGUGAUAGUGGGUGAGGAUUUUAACUAGGAAGGUGAAGCGGAAACAGAAUCUGGUGACUGUUCGCUGCAUUAGGAGCAAUCCCAGCGGGAAGCCAAGUCCCGUGUCACAAUGGGGAACCUCACAGCUGGUUCUCUGGAGAUGGAACUCUCUGGAGCAGCUGCACUGUGGCAGCUCCAGGACACACGAGCCCCAGACCUGCUACUGGUCACAGGCGAAGGCUCAUGAUGUUCUUCCAGAGCUCUGAGCGUCGUGUGCUGCCAACCGCGGCCAGGCCCUGCCCCGCCAUGGCGCUGCUGGUGCUGCUGCUGCUGGGCAUGGCCCCCGGCCUGGGCCGGCCCCUGGAGCCCUGCCCGGGGCCCUGCCGCUGCCGCGGGCGCCGGCUGGACUGCAGCCGCGCUGCCCUGGCCAGCGUGCCCCCGGCCACCCGCCGACGGCCCUUCUCCGAGCUGGAUCUCACUGGGAACGCGCUCGCCCUCAUCCCCCCGCAGGCGUGGAAGGGAUACCCGUGGGCAGAGAAGCUGGUCCUCCAGGACAACAGCCUGCGGGCAGUGAAGAGGCGCUCGCUGGAGGGGCUGCUCCUGCUGAGGCACCUGGAUUUAUCUUACAACAAAAUCCAGUCAAUUGAGGCACGUGCUUUUGAGAACCUUCCUUUCCUGGAGACGCUAAACCUGGAGGGAAAUCUCAUCACCGAGAUCCGGAACGACACCUUCCGGGCAUGGCACGGGAUGCAGUUCCUGCAGACACUGAUCCUGAGCCGUAACCCCCUGUCCGUUAUCGAGGACACGUGGUUCUUCAAGCUGCCUUCAGUCACCCAUCUGGACCUGAGUGCCACACGAGUGACUCGGCAGACACUGCUCAUGCUGCUGCUGAGAACAUCCCGCCUGGAAACACUCAAGCUGUCCAACAACACAGCCUGCUGCCUCUGCCAGCACAAGCACAGCACCGAGACCCCGUGCAGGACCCUCAGCUUUGACUGCACGAGCGUGUGCAGCACCAGUGCUCCCCGCUGCGCUCCUCUGGCAGAGACACCAGGACACCUAAUGGGAGCGGUGGCACCCAGGAAGGGGAGCAGCAGCUCCAUAUUGAAGGUCCAGCCCAAGGAGCCUUUGCUCACAGAGCAGAGAACGGUCACGCUCGCCGUUGUCCUGAGCCUCACCCGCCCCGAUGCGUCGGCACCUUCCCCUCAGCAGCUCUCGAGGCAGGAGGGCAGCACCGCCAAGGAGCUGACACAGAUGCUGCAGAGGGUUCAGCACAAGGGCUGGAGCAGCUCCGUUGACACCAGGAGUUUCUAUUUCCUGGCAGAGGGGCUCGUGGCACAGCUCAGGACCAAGCUGCACAAGACAAUGAGCACCCUGACUCUGCAAAUCCCCAGCGCAGCCCGGCCGCUGCAGAGGGAUGAGGGGCAGGAGGUGCCAGCAGGGCAGGGAGGAAGAGCCACAAGCUGGCAAUAUCAUGAGCCUGGCUUGGGCUCAUCCCAGGCAGAAUCCACCCUUUGGGAAGCGGCCCAGAGGUUGAACCUCAGUGACAUCCUCCCAGCCUCCAACAACCAGAGAGCACCCAUUGCUCCUGUAGCACAGCCCCCUCCACGAUACCGAACGGAGGCACCGCAUCUGGCCUGGUCUGGCGGGAGUCAGGAUCAUUCAGACACCGUUGAACAGGCCAGCACGGCCGAUGGGUUUCAGGAUGAGGAGAGUGCAGAAGACCUGGAUGAAGCACCAUCUCCAGCGCACAACUCUGCUGGGAGUGACACCCUGCUCAGCCACCACCUGCACUCGCUGGUGCCAGACCGAGCCGUGCAGAGGUUCGUGGAACACAUGGCUCGAGCCCUGCGCGGGGACUGCGGCCUGCCCCAGCUCCAGCCGGCCUGUGCCAGGAUGGUCUCGAGGACGGGGCUGCUCCUCAAGCUGCUGAGUGAGAGGCAGUGCGACCCGGAGCCCUCUGACAUCCUGAAGCAGUGCGUGUGGGAGGAGGACGCCGGCUCCUCGCCUCCCUGUGCCCAGGUCCAGGCCAGGGAGAUGGGCAGCGAGCCUGCAGAGACGGAGAUGGCCAAGCACACCUCUGGCCACACGCUCCUGCUGGCGAUCUCACUGUCCUGCCUCAACACGUUUACUCUCCUGGUGCUGUGCUGCUUCAAGGUUUGCGCCAAGAAACGUGACCAGGCUUCCCAAGCCAGCAGCGGUUGUGGCUUGAAAAGCUGCUUUCAGAAGCUGCGGCCCAAGUGCUGGAGCAGGACCAAGGACACGGACACGGACAAGAAUGAGGGCUCGCUCCAGUCGGACCCCCAGUGGCUGCAGUACCUGUACCUGCCCCUCGAUGCCCAGCAGCAGGCGUCCCUGGAUGAGCUCUACGAUGGGGAGGCCUCAGGAGAGGAGGAGGUUUUCAACGAGCGCGGCAUAGCCUGGUUGAGCAUCGGAUCCCAUUCGGUCACUGCCCACGGAGACUCGUCAUGAAGACAGUGGGCUGGUGUUUGGCCAUCUGGCCCCAGAGCGCCCCGAGCCCUGGAGCAAUGAUCUCUCUCCAUAGAGAAGGAUGCUGCAGGCCCAUGGUGAAUAUCAUGGAGUUCAACAUGACCAAGUGCUGCCAUAUGACGAGAAGGCUCCAGAGAGACGUUACAGUAUCUCCAAAUGCCUGAAAGGGAUACAGGAGACCUGGAGAGGCACUUUGUACACAGGCCUGUAAUGACAGGACAAGAAAGCUUUAGUUUAGAUAUUAAGAACAAGUUCUGUGGAAUCACCAAUAAAACUGUUGGCUUGUUUGUUCA